UUGUGCUCCCAUUCUCAAAUUCUAUCGACUUUGAAGAGCAGAAGAACUGAAGAGGGAAGAACGGCUGCCCUCACCGCCGCCUGCCCUCUCCGCCGCUCGCUGCCUCUCUGAGGCCUACAACCGCCGCUCGCUGCCUCUCUCCGCCGGCUUCGGAGAAGAAAGCCGAAGCCUCCUGCCCUCUCCGCCGUCUCUCACCGACACGGCUGCCCUCUCCGUCGUCUCUCACCGCGCCGGUUGCCCUCAACGCCGCUCGCUGCCUCUCUGAAGCCUACCACCGCCGCUCGCUGCCUCUCACCGCCGGCUUCAGAGAAGAAAGCCGAAGCCUCUCGCCGCCGUCUCCGUCGUCUCUCACCGCGGCCCUCUUCACCGCCUCUCUCUAGCCUACCACAGCCGCUUCCUGCCUCUGCCGGCUUCAGAGAAGAAGGCCGAAGCCUCUCGCCGCCGUCUCCGCCGUCUCUCACCGCACAGGCAUACUUAAAUGGGGAUACUCAAUAAAGAACCAGUUUUGUUGAACACUGAUGCCAUCAAUGUUGAUGAUAUGGCUGAGGAUUUUGACGUGGAGGUUUCAGAAUCAGAUUCAGAAGAUGGAAAUGAAGAUGUGAAGUUGACAGAACCUGCAAAAAACGCCAUAUACAACAAGGAUGGUCUUCUUGAUAAACUUGGAGACAUUAGUUGGCCUGAUAAUGUGGAUUGGAUGCACAAGCUUUCCCUUGAUAUUAGUAGGGAGCAAGAAGUGGAUGUGAAUGAUGACCUGGCAAGAGAGCUUGCUUUUUAUACGCAGGCAUUGGAAGGUACAAGGCACGCCCUCGUGAAGUUUCAGUCAGUGCGGCUUCCUUUUCUCAGGCCUUCCGACUAUUACGCCGAAAUGGUGAAAAGUGAUAGUCACAUGGAGAGAGUUAAAAGCCGGCUUUUGGCAGAUAAGAGAAAUAUUGAGGAGGCAGAAGAGAGGAGGAAGGCUAGGGAGGCUAAAAAGAUAUCAAAAGAGAUUCAGGCCCAGAAGCUCAAGGAGAGGGCAAAACAGAAAAAGGAGGAGAUAGAAUCAGUGAAAAAAUGGCGGAAACAGAGGCAGCAGAGUGGAUUUGCAGCAGGGGGUGACAAAGAUGCUGAUAUAGGUUUGAGUUUCGAAGAUGGAAAAUCAUUUGAAAGGUCAAAUAAGAAGCGGCCUGGGGUGGCUCCUGGAGAUCGAUCUGGAGGUCGGUCAAGGCAAGGAGGUGGUGGAGGACGGGGGUUGAAGAGAGGAGGAGGUAAAAAGAUGAAGGGUAGGGAAUUCAGGGAUUCCAAGUUUGGGUUCGGAGGAAGAAAAGGUCUGAGGAAGCAGAAUAGUGCUGAGACUACAAACGAUAUAGGAGGUUUCAGCAAAGGUGCUUUCUCCGGAAACAAGAAGAGGAAGAGAUGAGAUAAAGGAUGAUGAUGAUGAUAUGAUGCUGUGUCUGGCAUGUGGAGCGAGCAGAUGAAGAGGCAGUGAGGGAGCCCUGGGAUUCCAUUUUAAAAGCUAUGCCCAUGCCUAUGCUAAAGAGCCAUCUUCCGUCUUCCUAAUGGAUAUUUUGCAUGUUUUUUCAUAUGUGUGACAUAGGCAUGAGAUUGCUUAGGUGAUCAGGUCUGGUACAUCUCAUGCAUCUCCUAUUAUUAUUAUUAUUAUUGUUUUUUGGGCUAUGACUAGGUGUAUUGAGCAUAUGAUAUUGGCUAUAUUUUGUCGCCAAGAAAUGGCUGAUUUUUGGCAUUGUGGUUGUGGGUGAUUGGUUUUCUUUGGUUGGUUGUGACUA